AAUGGUUCAGUCAUAGGAGUAGAUGCAGCAGUCAGCUCAGUAUCACACGUCCUAGGAUUGGAUACAGCGGCUUCCUAUAGGCAGGUCUGGGGGGGGGAGGGGCUGCACCUGUUCUAUAUACAGGCGACCUGUCGUCUCCAGGUGACACAGGGGAAGACGUUUUCCAGGCCUCAGAAUGACUGAAGAAUCCAUCAUCCGGAUCCCCCCCUAUCACUACAUCCAUGUGCUGGACCAGAACAGCAACAUCUCCCGGGUGGAGACCGGACCCAAGACCUACAUCCGGCAGGACAAUGAGAGGGUCCUCUUCCACCCGGUCCGCAUGGUCAUGGUGCCGCCGCGUCACUACUGUGUGAUUCUGAACCCGGUUGUACGGGACGCCGGGCGCGCUGUUCAGUUCGAUGACGUAGGACAGGCCAAGCUGCGACAUGGAGACCAAGAGAUCCGACUGGCCCAGGAUCCGUUCCCACUGUACCCGGGGGAGGAGCUACAGCAGGGUCUCACCCCGCUGACCGUGGUCCUCGCCAACACCGCCCUGCACCUGAAGGCUCUGCUGGACUUUGAGGAUGACAACGAGAAGUUUGUGGCCGGAGACGAGUGGCUCUUCGAAGGUCCAGGCACCUACAUCCCCCGGAAGGAGGUGGAAGUGGUACAGACCAUCCAGGCAACGGUGAUCCGACACAACCAGGCCAUCCGCCUGCGUGCCCGCAAAGAGUGCCAGGACCGAGAGGACCACGCCAGGGUCACCGGGGAAGAAUGGCUGGUCAAGAAGGUUGGUGCCUAUCUUCCUGGUGUCUAUGAAGAGGUCGUGGACGUUGUGGACGCUUUUGUCCUGACAGACAAGAAUGCUCUGCACAUCCGAGCCACCAAGACGUUCCGAGAUGACAAGGGGAACCUGCGGAGAACUGGAGAGGAGUGGCUGGUCACCAUGGAUGACGCGGAGGCCUACAUCCCCAACGUGUAUGAGGAGGUGGUGGGAGUAGUGGACAUCACAACGCUCAACAGCCGUCAGUAUUGUGUCAUCCUGGACCCUGUGGGAGCGGAAGGAAAACUGCAGCUUGGACAGAAGAAAGUCGUGAAGGGGGAGAAGUCAUUCUUCCUGCAGCCUGGAGAGAGUCUGGAGUCAGGAAUCCAAGACGUCUACAUUCUGUCUGAGGAGGAAGGUCUCGUCCUAAGAGCUCUGCAGGUCCUGGAGGAGAAGGAUGAGGAUGGGAAUGAAGUGGAGCGUAAACCUGGAGACCGGUGGAUGAUUCGGGGACCCGUAGAGUAUGUCCCCCCAGUAGAGGUAGAAGUGGUGGUGAGGAGACAGUCCAUUCCUCUGGAUGAAAAUGAAGGAAUAUACGUGCGAGACAUCAAAACUGGGAAGGUGCGGUCGGUCGUUGGGCACACCUACAUGUUAACGCAUGACGAGGAGCUGUGGGAGAAGGAGCUUCCUCCCAAUGUUGAGGCCCUCCUUGCCUCUGGGAAAGACCCCGUUGCGGACAGAUCGACUCGUGGGGCCAAACCACAAGAGCAGCAGCCAAGAGACAAGACCAAGGCUGUCACCUACCGAGUGCCGCAUAACGCUGCGGUCCAAGUGUAUGACUACCGGGAGAAGAAGGCCAGGGUGGUCUUUGGUCCCGAGUUGGUGAUCCUGGGGCCUGACGAGCAGUUCACGGUUCUCAGCCUCUCUGGAGGAACCCCCAAACGCUCCAACGUCAUCAAGGCCAUCUGCCUCCUCCUGGGGCCCGACUUCUGCACUGACCUCAUCAACAUAGAGACGGCGGAUCACGCCCGGCUCCAGAUUCAGCUGUCCUACAACUGGCAUUUUGAGGUCACGGAUAAGAACAAUCCGUUGGAGGCGUCGAAGAUUUUCAGUGUCCCAGAUUUUGUGGGCGACGCCUGUAAAGCCAUAGCCUCCCGGAUCAGAGGAGCCGUGGCCUCCGUGCAGUUUGAUGACUUCCAUAAGAACUCCAACCGCAUCAUCUGCUCGGCCGUGUUUGGAUUUGACGACUCGGUGAAGAUCCGAAGCUCCUUCAAGUUCACGCAGAAUAACCUGUUCAUCACCAGCGUGGACAUCCAGUCCGUGGAGCCCGUGGACCAGCGCACCCGCGACGCCCUACAGAAGAGCGUCCAGCUCGCCAUUGAGAUCACCACCAACUCCCAGGAGGCGACAGCCAGACAUGAAGCUGAAAGACUGGAACAAGAGGCAAAGGGGCGACUGGAGAGACAGCGCAUCACUGACCAGGCGGAGGCGGAGAAAGCACGCAAGGAGCUGCUGGAGCUGGAAGCGUUGAGCACGGGCGUAGAGAGUACUGGAGCCGCCAAGGCCGAGGCGCAGUCCAAAGCGGAGGCCGCUAAGAUCGAAGGCGAGGGAGCCGUGCUGCAAGCCAAACUACGAGCAGAGGCCUUGGCCAUUGAAACGGAGGCGGAGCUGCAGCGGCUGCGCCAGGCCCGGAGCGAGGAGCUGAAGUAUCUGCAGGAGAAGAAUAAGCUGGAGAUCGAGAAGGAGCAGGAGCUGGCCGACAUCGGCGUCAAGAAAUUCCGAGGAAUGACCGAGGCGAUCGGUGCGGGCACCCUGAGGGACAUAGCGCUGGCCGGGCCGGAGCUGCAGGUGAAGCUCCUGCAGGGUCUGGGGAUCCAGUCCACGCUGAUCACAGAUGGUUCCACUCCCAUCAACCUCUUCAGCACCGCAACCGGACUCCUUGGCCUGCCCGGCAUCGGACCCCUACAGAAGGACGGCGGGAAGUGAAGGGACCCCAAGUCUGUCCAGACCCCUGUCCACGUCCAACCCCAGUGCAUGUUAUGACGAGGCUCUGCUGGUCUGGGCUCUCCAGCACUGCUCUGUACUGUCCCACCUCUCUGUAGGCGGUUGCUCUCCAGCACUGCUCUGUACUGUCCCACAGCUCUGUUGCGGUUGCUGUCCAGCACUGCUCUGUAGCGGUUGCUCUCCUGCACUGCUCUGUACUCGGUUGCUCUCCUGCACUGCUCUGUACUCGGUUGCUCUCCAGCACUGCUCUGUACUGUCCAGCACUGCUCUGUAGCGGUUGCUCUCCUGCACUGCUCUGUACUCGGUUGCUCUCCUGCACAGCUCUGUAGCGGUUGCUCUCCUGCACUGCUCUGUACUCGGUUGCUCUCCUGCACAGCUCUGUAGCGGUUGCUCUCCUGCACAGCUCUGUAGCGGUUGCUCUCCUGCACAGCUCUGUAGCGGUUGCUCUCCUGCACUGCUCUGUACUGUCCCACAGCUCUGUAGGCGGUUGCUCUCCUGCACUGCUCUGUACUGUCCCACCUCUCUGUAGCGGUUGCUCUCCAGCAGUGUCUUGUACUAUUGCUACCUCUACUGUUCACUAUGGGAGUUGUAGUGCUUUAUUAUCGGUUUCUUGUGCCUUGAGCCUCCAGAGGGGCAGAACUCGCCAAUAAAUCCACUCUUGUACAAUC